UGUUGUCUGUGGUUUUUUUUCUGGUUAUAUCCUUUUUGUUUUUCUUUAGUCACAUGUUAUGAUAGGAAAUUAAAAUAUUUCAAAAAUGUUAAGCAUAAGUGAAGAACAAAUUAAAAAAAUAGGCGGAGUAUUAAAUGAUACGUCUCGACCCUUGAAAGAGAGAUUCCGCGCCUUGUUUACAUUGCGAAACAUUAGGGGUCCAGUCGCAAUUCAGUGCAUAGAAGAAUGUUUCCAGGAUUCAUCAGUAUUAUUGAAGCACGAGCUAGCUUAUUGUUUAGGACAAAUGCAAGAUAAAAAUUCAAAUCCUAUUUUAAUUAGAGUAUUAAACGACACUGCACAAGAACCAAUGGUUCGACAUGAAGCUGCUGAAGCGUUAGGCGCAAUAGGAAGUCUUGAAAAUGUAGAGGUUCUAGAAAGGUUUAAAACUGAUCCAGUGGUGGAAGUAGCAGAGACGUGUGAACUGGCUUUGGAAAGGAUUAAGUGGUUUCAGCAAUCACAAGGAGAAACUGUUUCAGAAAAUCCAUAUCAUUCCAUUGAUCCAGCCCCCCCAGCAGAGUUGGAAUCAGUUGUUAAACUUAGAUCAGUGUUAAUUAGUGAAAAUGAAUCAUUGUUUAACAGAUACCGUGCAAUGUUUGCCUUGAGAAAUUUAAGAUCUAAAGAGGCUAUUGAAGCUCUUGGGGAAGGUUUAAAAUAUGGUAGUGCUUUGUUUAAACAUGAGGUUGCUUUUGUUUUGGGCCAACUUCAAGAUGAACAAAGUGUAAGUUACCUGAUAGAAUCUCUUGAAGAUGGAAAUGAAAAUGAAAUGGUUAGACAUGAAUGUGCUGAAGCUCUGGGAGCAAUCGCGUCUGAAGACUGUGUGCACAUCCUCAAAAAAUAUUUAAAUGAUGAGAAGAGAGUUGUGCGUGAAAGCUGUGAAGUGGCACUAGACAUGUGCGAAUAUGAAAAUAGCCCAGAGUUUCAAUAUGCCAAUAUGUUGGUGUCUAAAAGCUAAUAUAUAUUUUGUACACACAUUGUUUUUAACUUUUAUUUACUUUUGUUAUGUUUUCUUCUACUGUCAUCAAAAAUACACAAAGAUCAUUUUUGUUUUUAUUUUUACAAAAACCAGUUACUUAUGGAAAUCAUAUUUGAAAAAAAAAAACAAAUGAAACAUUUAUACACUGUGGCAAAAAUUGUCUUUGAAUAUUUAGAACUAUACUUGUGAAGUGGCACAUAAUUUACAAAUACAGAAGUUAUUUGCAUAAAAAUAAAGAAUAAUGAAUCUAAAAUCGUCUAAUAAAGUAGUAAAAAUUUAGUUUGAAUACAAAAAAUGGUUCCAAAAAGGGGUGCAGCAAGGAAUUCUUAACACAUUGGAAAUA